UUUACCAUGGAGUUGUCACAGAAUCACCAAUAUCUGAGCAAAAAACACUUAAAAACUCAGGAAGAUCCCCAAAUAUUCCUGGUUUCAGUGGUGCAGCCGCAAGAUAGCAGUGACAGUAACACACAGUGGAAAAAUCACGUCAUUCGACCAAAGGAGUAAGCUGAAAUGCGUUCCUCCGUGCUCUGCGCCCAACUCCGAGAUUUUUUUACUGUCAAUAUGAGUAUGAGUAGGCCUAGGUAUUGCAACAUAUUUUGACAAAUUUUGUUUCCGAAACUUUUAGCUUGGUGAAUAGUGUAGGCUGGGGUCGAAUCCAAAGCUUGAUUUUUGAUUUGUGACAACAUUUUGGGGGCAAAGUAAAAGUGGUGCUGAAGUGAUUUUGCUGAAACUAGAGCUCAGGGUGACAUCAUUCAAGACGAAGAUGUGAUUCCAUCCCUCACAGUCACGGUGAUGAUAAAAGCCAAGGCGCACGUCUCCAAUGUUGUCGUCAGCAUCCAUGUCCCCCCACCGCUAACAGUCAAUGAGAGCUCAUUUACAUUCAACACAAUAAGUCCAAACACCCCAUGUGAAAUCUCAGCGACUUUCUACAUCAAAGACAACUGCCAAGGCAACUGCUACUUAUCAGAACAUGGCUGGUGCGCCAAGAGUUUCACAGACAACCUUCCGUCUGCCUGCAAAACUUGUGAUCAAGGCGUGUGCUCCGAUCAAGAAUGCCAACUACAAAGUGACCAUUGAUACAAAUAAACCACCGGUCAACCUCAAUGACCUGUUCCCAGAUCUUCUUGGUGACUAUGCUGAUGGUCCCGGCAAUGCCUUGGGGUUCCAGUACUAUGGGGGUCCUGUGGUCACAAUGUUGGCAUCAAAGACAUCACAGCGCUACCGUCUUCAGUGUGAUAGCUUCGAACCAAUGUGGCUACUCGCCAACGAGCUCGUCAACCGACUGAGCGGUUACUUUAAGGGUAAAAACCAAGAUGGAUUCCAGGCAUCCUUUAGCGGUGCACUGCCGCUGCAUGAAUAUUUUGAGGUCCUGGAGCAACAUUUUGAAGUGCGUUCAAAUCAAAAUAAGUACAAGGACCUUCUUGCCCAGAGGGCAUCCCAGUUCCGUGCCAUUCAACGCAGACUGCUGACCAGAUUCAAAGAUAAAACGCCUACACCGUUGUCGAAUUUGGAUACAUUACUGGAUGGUACUUACAGACAGCUCCUAGCCCUCGCAGAUGGUAGUUGAUAAAGCUUGGAAUCAGUGAAACCUUGGAACCAGUGAUAAACCUUGGAAUCAGUCCUAAAAAUGCAUAAAAACAUGAAAUAAUGCCAUUCGAACCUAACGUGGUUACGAAUCAACAUUUGGAGCUUAUUCUUACAUGAUCAGAUCGGAAUUUUAUGGUAAUUUAGAAAUCUGUCGCAUAUCCGAUUCAAUAGUCUGUAUUUUAGAACAACCCAGUUGUACCUCGCCUCCAGUGUACAGUACUGAUCUCCCAAAUAUGGUCUCACUAGCCAGUGGUGAUCAGGUCAACAUUGGUCCCCCUUAAAAAAAAAGUUCUUCAAUCUCAGGCGAUUACCAUGGAUACAGAUAAGCCUAUCAUAUCGCUAUUGCUGCAUGUUCAAAUGUCGGUGUCCUGGGUAUUUUGUGAAGAGGUAGCUCUGACGAUUAUUUGAGGAAAAUAUCAGCUUCUUCUGUGCACGUCUGCAGUGACCAGGCCUCGCAUGCUAUGUAUAGCUCAAUCGGAUGUUGACAUGAAUUGGUUCCUGUCAGAGUGCACAUGUUCUCAAGGUGAGACUUCGAGGUCAAAAUGCUCAAAGAAAAGCCGCAACGACACCCUAUUUUGGUAUCAAAAUUUAAAAUUGUUAUUAUUUGGCUUUCUCAAGGUGAUAAGUAGAAGUUUCUAAAAAUAUUAUUUCACCAUCCAUGUUAAUUGUCAAGUUAUAAGGCGGCAAGGUGAAAUUUUCAAAAUUUUCAUCGAUGUACAGGGUGUCUCAUGUAUUGUGCUGCCCCCAUGUUCUCAUGACUGAAUUACUUGAUAACAAUGAAAGCUGGCCAGAUGUAUUCUAGAAGCGACAAGCUAUUCAGAAAUGUAUAGGUUUAUGUGUGAGAGUGAUAUACUGCAAGGUCGACAGCCACUUGAACAGGGGUAUGCAUGAAAUGACGUCGCGCCAUUUGUGGAGCCAGGUAGGCCCGGCCAUUGCACUGGCUAGUGAGACCUAUGGGAAGACACGCCCACCACACACCCAUAAUAUGAACCAAUAGCGCUCCGCUUAUAAAUACGCCACCACCACGCGGGGCCUAAUUGAACUACGGAUCGGUCUGUUCAUACAGGGUGAUACAGAGAAAAUUGGGGGCCUGUCAUGCAUUAUGCAUGGAUAAGGUUGAUGACUAUGUCUAGGCCUAAUUGUCUAUGAUUGACUGAUAUUUUAUAACAAACGAUGAAUAAAAGAAGCCUAGUCAUGUAUGUUUAUUACCGAAGUUUGCGGAUGAAAAUUUCCUUCGCCGUGAGCGAUUUCUUACAUCUUCCAGUACGCAUCGAGGGAUGCAGAGAUCUUUGUGACGUCACCAGUUCUAAGCGGUUUUUUUAUUCACGUGUGUGUUUGUCCUAUGAUCUCGUGCAUCUAGUACCGAGCAUAAUACUUUAUCGUCUAUGGAAUACAAAACAAUCAUAAAAACUAAUUUUUGCUUCCAUUGAAGAGAAAUAAAAUAUUUUAACGACCACAGCGCAUUGCCAAUUGAUGACGUCAUCCUCCACAUUAAAAAUGUUGGCUUCUGAACUAACUGGCAAAUUGCUAUCAAUAAAGUCAGCUGGGACGAGACUGUCAGUUGGGAGGGUAUAAAUCGUGGAAGGAACGCACCCGAUUUCCCGCGCUAUUUGCACAGUGAUUCCAUGGUUUACAUUGAAUAUUCCAAGGUUUAUCAGUGUUUCCAAGGUUUCACUAAUUCCAUACUUUAUCAACUACCCUCGCAGAUGCCGCAGAGGAAAACAUGCGUAACCUUGCCAGGGUCUCGAGCUCUCUCAGUGCUGCCACCUACCUUCUUAAUCUCCUGAUACUAUUGUGGACCAACAUGUCCGAUAAGGAGUUCUACGUGCUGCAGAGCAGUCUGUGUCCGCAGGUUAACGAUUCUGAAGACCAGGGCUGGGAAGAGAUGGUCGACUGUGCGAUCACACAUCUGCUGCGGACCUGCCUCGCCAAGAACUCCAAAGACCAAGCCAUCAAUCCAUCCCCUCUCACCCCGCCGAAAGAUACGCAAAAACUUAAGAAGCAUAUCGCG